UUUUUUUUUUAUUUUGUUGACCUGUUUUUCAUCCUUUUCUGUUUUCUUUCCUGUCUUUGCCUGAGUAUCUUAUCAUUUAUCUUCUGGGCGAAAUCAUCACGUAUAUUUUAAGAGGAUGGGUUAUUCUUUGAACGGUUUAAUUGAAAGAGCUUGUAGUCCUUCUCGAUAUGAUCCAAAUCUUGCGCUUAAUCUUGAGAUAUGCGAGACGAUCAAUAAGAAACAGGGGACUGCGCCACGUGCAGCAGCACAAAACAUAGUUCGACUCGUCAAUAGCACAAAGAUGAACCAGGCUAUGUUGGCGCUCACUUUAUUGGAUAAUUGUGUAAAGAAUUGUGGGUAUCCAUUUCACUUACAAAUUGCAUCGAAAGAAUUCUUGAAUGCGCUUGUGCGCCGAUUUCCCGAGCGCCCACCUGCUCGUUAUGCGCCCAAUCCUGUUCAAUCAGCUCCAGAAAAUCAAUGGAAUCACUUUGACUAUGUGCCGCCUCAACAAUUUAUGGCCAACCCAGUCAUUGAUCGUAUACUCUAUUUGAUUAAGGAGUGGAAAGUAGCAUUAGCAGAAUUAUCAAGAUAUCGCGAAGAUAUGGUGCACAUAAAAGAUAUGUAUCGAUUGCUGAAAUACAAAGGGUAUCAAUUCCCCGAGAUUCGUGAAUCAUCCAUUGCUGCUUUAGCGCCACCAGAAACGCUGAAGUCUGAACAAGAAUUAGAAGAAGAAGAUAGACAAGCAAAAUCUGCAAAAUUACAAGAGUUGAUCAGAAGAGGAAGACCACAAGAUCUCGUGGAAGCAAAUAAGUUGAUGAAGAUAAUGACGGGUUAUGAUAAGAAACACCAGACAAACUUCAAAGAGAAAUUCGCAGAGGAAUUACAUAAGAUACAGAAUAAGGCACGCUUACUGUAUGAAAUGUUAGAUAACAUGAAGGAAGGAGAUGUGAUUGAGGAAGAGGGUACUAUGGAAGAAUUAAGAAAUGCUUGUGAGAGCGCGUUAUCAAAGAUCAAAAACUUGUUAAAGGAGGAAGAGGACAGUGAAAAGAUUGAAGAAUUGAACGAAGUCAAGUCGAUCGUGAAAGGCGUCAUGUUAAAAUAUCACGAUGUGAAGCAAGGCAGAUAUGAUACGAAGUAUGAUGUCAGUGGAAAGUACCUCACUGAAGCCAACAAUCCAAUGAUGCCAGAAAAGGAUUUGCCUCCUCAAGCGAUCAGUUUGAUUGACUUGGAUGACUUUAACAAUUCACCAGAACCAUCUUCAUCUGGAUCUGCUAUUGGAUACUCUUCUGCACAAAAGAACGCUUUGGAUGAAUUAAAUGAUAUCUUUGGAGAAAAAGCAAAUAUCUCAAAGAAUCAACCAUCUGCCAACGCUAAAGACACGGUCAUGGCAAUUGGAACAACUUCGACUGAUCCUUUCGAAUUACUAUCUGCUCCAGCACAAUCCAAUAACAAUAAGGUGGCAUCCUCUGCUGCUAGUCCUAGUCCUACAGUUUCUAAUUACCAGAAUAGCCCCGUUUCAGCUUCUCAUACAUCAUUAGUACAGGAUAAAAUUCUAAAGACCAUUGAACUUAUCAAUAAGAAUGGGCUUAAUGUACAAUUGGUCGUUCAUUCAAUGGGUGAUGUGUGGAAAAUGACAGCUUAUUAUUCAAAUAAAUCUACUGCACCCAUGGAUAAAAUGGUUCUACUUCUUGCAGCUAGAAAGGUAAAUCACAAAGUUUAUAAAAGUUUUAAAGCUGCAAUACCAAAAAAGUCUUUUUAUUAUAGUCAAUGCAUUUGAAGAUGGGU